AUGCAAUCCAUAGCAUCAGAUUUCCACCCCGAACUCCGCCGCAAAGACCUUAUGACAACGCUCAUCUCGCUGCUCUCGCACGACCAGCCGCCCGAAGUGCAAGACGAGGCCGCGUUCGGACUCGCUAACCUCGCCAAAGACUUCGCAAACAAAACCGCCAUCCGCAACGCAGGCGGGAUCAAAGCCCUAGUCCAUCUGCUGGACUCGGCUGACCCGGAUGUGAAGAAGAUGUCGGGGCAUGCAUUGGCUGUUAUGCUGGAAGAUUUCGCAAGCCGCACAGAAAUCCGCUACGUCCACGGCCUAGCGCCUCUCCUCGAACUGCUGGCGUCGGAGUACCAAGAAGUACAGGAGCAUGCGUUGAACAGCCUUAUCCGGGCCGCCGAAGACCCCGGCAACCGCGUCGAAAUUCGCGAAAUCAACGGCGUCCGCCGCAUCAUCGAUUUCCUCACACAGGACGUCCCCGAGUUGCAUUACCUGGCAUUGAUGUGUCUUGCGAAUUGUUUGGAGGAUGUCACGACAAGCAAAUCGAUCUUCGAGAUGGGUGGUUUAUCGGCGUUGGUAAAGUUGCUGGGGGCGGAGGAUGUACGGACGAAACGGAAUGCGGCGUUGACGCUCUCCAAAGCUGCGCGGAUUGAACGAAAUCAAAUUCUCAUUCGCGAUGCCGGGGCUCUCCCCGCGCUCCUAUCUAAUCUCGCGCACUCGGAUGUACUCACUGCGAGUAACGCCGCGUUGGCGUUGGCGGAGCUUGGGAAGAGCGAAACGAAUCAGCUGGAAUUGGGCAAGCUUGGCGCGCCGGAAGCGCUGAUCAAGAAUGUAUCGCAUGACGAUGUGGAAGUGCCGCGGCAGUGUGCGGCAGCGCUGGCGAGUUUGUGCUUGAAUGAAAUCAUCCGGGCAGAAAUGGUCAAAGCCAACAUCGUGCACUCCCUCAUGAUGGUGCUCUCCAGAUCCGAUCCGAAGCUGCAGAGCGCCGCGGCGAUGGCGUUGGGGCGUUUGUUGCAGGAUUCUGAAGGCCGGUUUGCACUGACCCGCGAACCCCCCGGAAGCGGUCUGCAGCGCAUUAUCGAGCUGAUUGCGUCGAAGGACCAUGCGGUGUGUAAGAGCGCUGCUUAUGCGCUGUCCACUGCAGCUUUGAACGACGUCUCCGCUAAAUUCUGGCUCUGCGACGAGCUCACCGCCGCCAACCUCAUCACGGACGGCUUCUACGACAUCGGCUCAGCAGGCACGCACCCCACCCUCCCCCGCUCCUUCCCGCUCCUGCAGGAGCUCAAAGACGCACCCCUCGACAAACGCCGCGAGAUCCUCCUCCUCGACUCCACCACCGACCCCUACCUCGCAGGCCUGGUCUCGCUCGUCUCCUCCGAAGGGCCGCUGCACGCCCGCACGCCCCGACAGCAAAUCCGUCAAAUCGCAUCAGUGGUCGCGCAAGUCCUCGGCGGCCCCGCGCACGACGUGUCGAACCUGCAAGCGCAAUCGUACAAGUUCAAGAUCACGGAGCUGAAACUCAAGCUAGGGUCGAAUGUCGUGCCGCUGGGGAGUGUUGCGCAGGGCACGUUUUACCACCGCGCGUUGCUGUUUAAGUAUGUGUGUGAUAAGGUUGGGUUGGCGCCUGUGACGCUGGUGAGGGGGGAUUAUGGCCGGGCGUGGAAUGUUGUGGAUGUGAGCAGGCAGACACUGGCGCCGCCGAGGGUGGCGACGCCUGCAGCUUCUGCGGCGCCGAGCACGCCGUCAAAACUGGAAAAGCCGGCCAAGAGCGCGCGCACGCGGGAGAAUGCGGACAAGACGAGCAAGGAUAAGGAUAAAGACAGGGAGAAAGACAAGGAAAAAGAUGGAGCGGGAGGCGGGGGAAGUGGCGGAGCUAAUGCGGCGGGUGGGAUGGCGGGCUCGGGAACACCUUCAACAGCUACCGCUCAAGGGCCGCAGGUAACGCAGCCGACGACGCUGGUGCCAAUCGUGAUACCCGAACCUGUCGCAGAUGAGGCACCGCUGUCGGAGGAGAAGACAAUUGUAGAUCUGAUGUUUGUGCCAGGCCGAUUGAUGUUGAUCGGAUCGCCCGAGGCGGAUCAGUAUCAGCGUUUGACCUGA